UUCUCUGCGGGCUUCUAAUUUACAGAGCCCGCAAUGAGUAAUUUGUGUUUGCUAGACGUGUGGAGCUUACAGACACACGUUUAGAGACCAGUUGACCUAGUAGGAACCAUGUAUAUCUGUACCCGACUGAGUAAGUAAGGAGGAUGUAAGAUCUUGCCAUCUAGACCCAUUUGUGGACGGCAGGAUGUUUGGCAGUAUCGGCAGAAUUGAAGCAGCGGGGUCUUGGAAUAUCCAGGGAUCAUGUAACUAAGAUGUAGCAAGGGGUGUAUCAUGACCUUACCCUAUAUAGAGGGCUGUGUGUGUGGGCCAUUGCCAGCAGUGUAUUACAGCAUGUUCAGCUCCGUGAAGUAACGAUGGCCACCAACUAUGACAUCUGUCCUUCAAGGGUUCAAAUUCUGCGCCAGCUUAGUAGCAUGGAAACUUUUAUGGUCAGAAUUUACACAGGUUCUCUGAGCCAAGAGACCGAGUUUGUCAGUGUAGAAGCGGAAAAAGGCACUCCUGCGUGUGAUGUUGUCAAAGUUGCCGUUCGCAAGUUGAAGUUGGGGAACAACCCCCACAAUUACGAACUUGCUGAAGUGUUUUCAUCUGGAGGUCAGUUGUGUAAGGAAAGAAGACUGGACCCAAUGGAUAACCCGGUUCGAGUACAGCUUCUUUGGCCGAAGGUCAUCAAUGCUGAAAUUGAUAGAGGUCAAGGUCUUUACACAGGAUACCGAUUCUACAUCAGAAAGGCAGAUCCCGAAACCCAAAAGGUUUCCGGAUGGGUUGAGUGCAAAGAUGCCAGUGUAGUAGACUCAUUCUUGAGUUCCUUUCUGAAACAGCCAACAAGCAAUAAGGAAUACACAGAUUUGUGCAAUCUGCCAGAUCUGAACGAGAAAACAUUAUUGGAAAAUAUAAAAGCUCGAUUUGAGAAUGCCAACAUCUAUACCUAUGUAGGAUCAAUCCUUAUAGCUGUGAAUCCUUUCAAGUUCUUCCCUAUAUAUAAUCCCAAAUAUGUGAAAAUGUAUCAGAAUAAGUGGCUAGGGGAAUUACCGCCACACAUUUUUGCAAUAGCAGAUGCAGCAUAUUCCACCAUGUUGAGGACUAAGCAGAACCAGUGUAUAGUGAUAUCUGGAGAGUCGGGUUCAGGGAAGACGGAGAGUACCAACCUGUUGCUUCAUCACCUGACAGCCCUCAGCCACAAGGGGCUACAUGGAAGUGGGGUGGAGCAGACCAUCCUUGGGGCAGGGCCAGUACUGGAGGCAUUUGGAAAUGCGAAAACAGUCCACAAUAACAACUCCAGUAGAUUUGGGAAGUUCAUUCAAGUCAACUACAAGGAGAAUGGCAUGGUCCAUGGAGCUAUUGUAGAAAAAUACUUACUGGAGAAGUCUCGGAUAGUUUCUCAAGCAAAAAAUGAAAGAAACUACCACGUGUUUUACUAUUUGCUUGCGGGGGCAGACAAGAAUGAGAGGGAGUCACUGUACUUGUCUGAACCAGAAGAGUAUUACUAUCUUUCUCAGAGUGACUGCUACAGUGUUGAAGGGGUGGAUGAAGAAGAUGAAUUUGCCAGACUUAAACAGUCCAUGGAGAUGGUCGGCUUCUCACAUGAGACGCAGAAGAGGAUAUUUGCAGUACUGUCAGCAGUGUUGCACCUGGGCAACAUAGAGUUUAGAAAGAAAGGGGAUCAGCACCAUGACGAGUCCGUGUCCGUGAAGAAUGAAGCCACUGUGCAGAUCAUCUGCAGUCUACUCAAAGUAAAGGAGAAGACUGUGCUGGAAGCUCUCACCACCAAGAAGACCGUGGCGGGGGAUGAAACGGUCGUCAUCAACUACAAGAUGGAGGAUGCCAUUGCUACGCGAGAUGCCAUGGCAAAGUGUUUAUAUGGAUCUCUGUUUGACUGGAUUGUCCUCAAAGUGAACCAGGCUUUGCUAGCCAAGAAACACAACAGCGAACAUCAGGUGCCGAAGGAGGUGGUAUUAAGCACAUCUGAUUCCAGCCCAGAGUCUAAUGGCCCUCUUCAGGGUCAGCUUGAUUUGGAAAGCGAUCCUUUGGCUUUGGGAAACUCCAUAGGCGUUCUUGACAUCUUUGGCUUUGAAGACUUUGGCAAGAACAGUUUUGAGCAGUUCUGUAUCAACUUUGCCAAUGAACACCUUCAGUACUACUUCAACCAACACAUCUUCAAGUUUGAACAGGAGGAGUAUCAGCGUGAAGGCAUCCAGUGGAAGAACAUCGAGUUCAUCGACAACACAGCCUGUCUAGAACUGUUCAGCAAAAGGCCUAAGGGUCUCUUCUGUCUCAUGGAUGAAGAGUGCAAUUUUCCUGGUGCAACCAAUGACACGAUGCUGUCCAAGUUCACCCACCAACACACCAACAAUCCCUACUACCAAGUCCCGCAACUCAAAGAGAGGGCCUUUGUCAUUGUGCACUAUGCUGGAAAGGUCAAAUACAGUAUCAAGGAUUUCCGAGAAAAGAAUGCUGAUCUUAUUAGAACAGAUAUAGUUGGUGUUCUGAAGAAGAGUAGUCAGUCCUUUGUCAGGGAACUUGUAGGUAUUGACCCAGUGGCUGUGUUGCGAUGGUCGAUAGUACGGGCUUUCUUCCGAUGCUACCAUGCUUUCUUCCGUGCGGGAGAAAGGUACAGGAAAAAUGGAGGACCUGAAAAGAAAAAAUUGAAGAAGAGAUUAUCUGACUCUCAACUUGAAACCAGUAUUGGUGAGAACCUGUUAAGAUUAUGUGGACUCUCCCGGAAUGAGCUGAUGGAAGGAUCCAUUGUUAAGAAAAAAGGGGAAGAGGGUCAUCCGCCGGAUGAACAACGCUCACAAUCUAGUCCGCAUGAUAGCCAGUCGAAUGCAUGCCCAUCCACUGUUGACGAGUGUUUUAGCGACGAUGACAGUGUGUUUAUCAGGCAGCAUGGUGACUUUAUGCACGAGGAGAAAAUAUUGGCGUCCCAUAUGUCCGCUGCAGACACUCGCGUCAUCCGUAAAGCUACAAAAAUCAUUAUGAAAAGCAGAUCAUUCAAACCUAAACCAAGACCCUCUCUGAGUUUCCGUGAUAUCAAGACAUUGAAAGCCAUAGCCAGCAGAACAAUGAUUUCCUUCGGUGGCAGCCGUGUAGGCUCCAAGAAACAGCCGCCCACAGUUGGCGCCCAGUUCCAGUGGUCCCUGUCCAGACUGAUGCAUACUCUCAACAAGGCAAACCCUUUCUUCAUCCGCUGCAUCAAGUCCAAUGCUGACAAGGCUCCAUGUGUAUUUGAUGAUGAAAUAGUACUGAGACAGUUGCGGUAUACCGGUAUGCUGGCCACGGUGAAGAUACGGCAGUCCGGCUACAACUACAGGCUCACAUUUGAGGAGUUCAUCCAUCUGUACAAGAUCCUGCUGCCUAAAGGACUCCUCAGCUCCCAGGAGGAUGUCAAGAUAUUCCUGGAAUCCAUGGAUCUCAACAGGGACAACUACCAGAUUGGCAAGACAAAGGUGUUUUUACGUGAGAGUGAGAAGCUGAUGUUGGAUGAAGCACUUCAUCGUGCCAUCAUGGAGCGUGUCAUCAAGAUCCAGCGGUGGGCAAAGACCAUCUUGGAGAGACAAAACUACACCAAGUUACGAACAGCAGUGGUCCUGGCACAGAAAUGUACAAGACGAUGGAUUGCCCAGAGAACUCUCUCUAGUCUCCGUUUGGAGUAUGAUGCUGCUAUAGCUAUUCAAAGAUGGUACCGGGGUAACCAUGUCAGAAGGUGGUACCAGGAAUAUCGGAAAAACGUGAUUUGUAUACAAACAUCAGUCCGAGGCUUCCUAGCUCGUAAAAGACAUCACCAAAUGUUGGUCAACCGUGACAUCAAACGGAAGGCAGAAGAAGAGCAAGUGCGGCAGAAACUGGAGGACUUGCAGUCGUCCACCAGCGAUGAAGGCGUGCUGCUGAAAGGCUCCAGUGCAGAGGAGUUGUUGGAACGGGAAUGUGAAGCUUUACACAGGAGAGACUCAGAGGAGAGCAGUGGUAUCCUGGAAGACUCGGAGUCCGAGACGACAUCUGAGCCCAAGAGCCGAGUCGUGUCAGGGACAUCACCUCCUAUCACCCCUACCAGUUCUGGGUCAGGGUCAGUGUUUAUAACUCGCGACUUGGGAGAAAAUAAAGAUGAUAGCUGGGAACAUACCAGGAGCCCUGGGAGAGUGCAAGAAUUGGCUAAGGCCUUCCAGUCUCAGCCAUCUACGCCCAGUAAAGAUGAGAAUGACGGCAGGAAGUAUUUUAUCCGCCGAGGAUCUCAAAGAUGGAAACCCAAAGAGCAGAGCCCAGCCCCUCUAGCUAAACAGGAGUCUUUCUCCGAUAUGGAACUGUCCCCUACGCAGCCCUCGGACACGUUGACCACAGCAUUCCCCUUGUCUCCGGACAAGAUACAGGCCAUCGAACAUGUGGUGUCCAAACACAAGGACAGACACGACCAUCAGCAGGCGGAGGGAGACCGGCUGCAGCCUGAUGUGGCAGGUGGACCUCCUCAUCUCAGCCCAUUCCAUAGGGUAAAGAAAGGAUUCAAGAACAUGAUGGGAGAUUUUAUAGACGCCAAAGGUUGUGGUCCCUCUACCCUUAUCAUGCGCCACACAAGGAAUUCGUUCCGAACUCUAUUUCGCGACAAGAGUAAGAAGAAGGAAAGAGGACACACAGACAGCGACGAAGAACCCGAGGAAGUCGGCUCACCCAGCAGUAAAACUUCACCCAGUAAACGCCCACAAGAUCUGGGCGUGUCAGUGUUGCCCCCUCACCCGACACCAGCGCCCAUGUCACCGAGGUCCCCCAUGAAGGAGCGCAAUGAGAGAGACUUCCAGAUUGUGUCGCAGCAUGGCUGGCAGCGAGAGAAGAGGAAGAAGAAGCGACGUCAGCAAGGACAGGUGCAGUCUCGCGGCAACUGGAAGGUGGAGGGGACGUCCCAGUGGCAGUACCCAGCGGAGCUCGUCAUCACAGACUUACAAGAACUCAUGUUUCUGGAUGAGUUCAUUGGAAAGAAGCAUGAAGAAGUGUUCAAGAAUGAGGGCAAGCGGGCGACAAUCUUUGAUAAAAUAUUUCAGGGAGCUAUAGAAGAAUUCCGAAAAAAUUUAAAGGCUAUUGUUGGAACAGAAAGCCAGAAAGAUACUGUGUCUGUACGGUAUCGUGACCUGCUGUCUAACUUCGAGCAGAGCCUCAGCGCGGAAGUCAAGCAUGAGCGGACUAACGCCACAUUCCCUGUCACUAUGGGUAUCAAUGCAUUUCGGGGAUUUCUCGACGAGUUCAUAAAAAAUCAUGCAGGGAAGAAGAGAGAAGAGAAGAAGAAGGAGGAGAAGAAAGUAGAAAACAAGAAUGCCAAAAAAGAUAAACAGAGGAAGGAUGCUGUUGAGCAUCUCGGUCACAAGUUUCUGCAGGUUCAGUUUAACAUUCCCACAUUCUGUGAACUGUGUUCCUCCCUCAUCUGGAUCAUGGAGAAGGGACAAGUCUGUCAAGUGUGUAAAUAUACAUGUCAUAAAAAGUGCAGCACCAAGACGAUGCCGACCUGUCGGGGAGCUCUAGAUACUCAGGGAAGGGUGACCUCACAGACAUUUGGUGCUGGAUUAGAGUCGCUGGUGUCAGACGGUCUGAAGGUGCCAAAGGUGGCGGAGAGACUGAUACAGACGAUAGAGCUGCAUGGGAUGUUCACGGAGGGCUUGUACAGGAAGUCCGGAGCAGCGCCUAAAGUCCGACACCUACGUCAGAUUAUUGAAGCAGAUAUAGAUGCUGUAGACUUUGAGGAGUAUCCUGUCCAUGUCCUCACCUCCACACUCAAGUGCUUUUUCCGUGAGCUGCCAGAACCUCUCCUCACCUUCGACCUCUACGAAGACUUUAUCCGAGCUGCAGAGAUCAAAGACGAGAAAGAAAAAAUCCAAUCAUUAUUUACUGUGAUAGAGAGACUCCCCAAGGCCAAUUACGACCUCUGUGAGAGGCUCAUGUUCCAUCUAGCCAGAGUUGCAAUGCAUGAAGGCAGCAACAAGAUGUCGUGCAAUGGCCUGGCCAUCAUAUUUGCACCCUGUCUGUUAAGAAGCAAUAAGGUGAUGCAAGCUCAGGAGAGUCUCAAUCAGGUCCCCCGACAGACACUGUGUAUAGAAUUUAUUUUGGGAGAGCAGCUGAUGAAGGUGAACGCCACUCUAGAGGACAUCCACACGUUAGAGUCAGCAGAGAGAUCUGCUUCUGACCGCUUGUCCUUUGUCCGAGCCAGUAUCAGGGCCCCUAAGUCAAGACCUGUGUCAAUCCACAAGCCAAUAUCUCCCAUACCGGUCAAAGAAGAGGAAGAGGAGGAAGAAACGCUGCUGAUAGAGGAAGCACGUGUUCUCUCUGCUCAUAUAGCCUCCAUACACAAAGAAAAGGAUAACCUGACCACGAGACUACCAGUGCUGGAGCCCCGCCAGGCAAGCUCUGAUGAGGACAUGUUGACGGGCGAUGAGUUCGAGAGUUCCUUCGACCCCAUGGAUGACUUGGAGGACAAUGAAGAGUAUGCCUCAACGUUUGAUCUGCCAGUCAGUCCCCCCUCUCUUCUACAUCUGACAAAGAGAAGAACGAUUCAACCGUUUAAGAAACCACCAUCAAGGUACUCUGUUGCUAUCAAGAAGGCGCGAUUACGGUAUCAGUCGUGUGGGAGUCUUCCUGAUGAUGAACUUGACGAUGUGCCUGUGCCAACAAUCACUGUACAGAGGACUGACGUGUCAGGAUCGUUUGUUGACCACAUGGUCAUUGAGUCCAGCUUCGUAUCAAUACCAGACUUUAAGAACAUUGCUGAGGAAGAUGAGAUUAUGGUGUGAUGCUGUGUGAAGCCAAACUGUGAUUGGUUCAAUUAUGCCAACAGGCGAAAAAAGUCUUUCAUGUUUGGAUUGGCCAAAAACAAUCGGAGGUUGAUAACAUAGAUCAUUUAUUUCCCAAAGGCUUUUACUCAUAAGUUGUUUUUUCUUGGUAUCUCUGCCAUGAACUUGUGCGAAUGAAAAAGGAGGAUUACUUCCCUUUGAUGGUCAAUGACAGUGUGUUGAAGACAUGUUGGAUUCAGUUGUGAUGGAGACAAAACUUCCCCCAUGAGAUUCAAAGUCUGUGAUUGAAAGAAGAACUAUAGCAAGGUCCAGGAAGACUACUUGUGACAGUGAUAGACUGAAGUACUUCAUGUUCCUGUUAGACUGCAGGUCUAGACACAACUCAUGUUAUUUAUACAUCCAUUUAGAAACAUAAUCGACACACAUAUUUAUAUACACUGUAGGCCUUUGAACUCAAAACUGAGAUUUCAAAUGGAAAAUCAUCCAACAAAGUGAUGAAUGUGUGUACGACAGUGAGAACCUGUGGGAUGUCUGCUAGUGUUUUGGAACUGUGGACAAUGAUUUGUGUCUGAUGAAGAUGUGGAGAAGUGUUUGUCUAAGGAGAUUGAAUCAAAAAGAAUGGAACCCUUGCAUUUGAAAGAACUUCUGGAACUCUCUUGUCUGUGUGUUGGAUUAAAAUAUCUCCAGUUCAUGAUCUGUGAAUAUCUGAGGGUGUGGAGUGUGUUUUCUGUGGACAUAAUAUGGAUCCAUGCUGCGUGUUGAGAGUGACGACUGGGUGUUGACCGACGAUUGCCUUGUGUCUCUGAGGUGCUAAGGGUGUGGCCAAGGAAGAUAGCCAUAACCACAUGACAUUAUUUGGGGGGGGGGGGAGGGGGGAGGCGGGGGAGUGACACUCAAGAACACUCAUAUUUGUCACCUGGUGAAAUAUGGUCACAUGAUGCGACAACAUGUCGGAGUAUUUUAAAAUAAGACAUUGAACUUCAAAAUACGAGCAAUAUGUUCCUGAAAACCUGUUGGGAUGGCCCGACAUAGCUAACACCAACUCUGUACUGUGCCCUCACACAAUUCAGCUGUGAGGAUCUCUUGCUAUUUCCAUUUGUUGUUACAUGCUCCUUUGCUAUGUUUGCUUUCCUCUAGAAUUGCUCAAUUAUGUGCCAAGUUUUAAAUCUUAUGUGAUACAGCACAGCAUUUUAACUUUGUUGGUCUGUCUUUUAGAGGCUUUUCAAUCUCAUGCACUGUUACAUUGACUGAGGACUCAAACAUGGAUAUAAUACAAGUCAAUUUAAUGUGAAUGUUGAGUUAAUUUUUAUCAUUGCUAUGAGUAUAUUUGUUACAAGUUUCUUGUUGUGUUAAAGUUGUUGGUUAGCUCAGCUUUAUGUUUGGUCACCAAUCAUACUAACACUGCUUAGCAGCAUCAUUGUAUACAUUACUGCUUGUUCCAUUAUUUAAGAAUCAGGUUGCCAUGACUGACAUUUUGCAUUGAGUACUACCUCCAAAGAAUAAUAUCCUUUUUUUUCUCACCACAUUUCAUUCCAUUUGUAAGCCCCUUCAUUUAUGACUUUGUUUUUUGCUAUAGGCACAUAAUUUAUUUUCCAUUUCAAUAAAAUACUAAAGAUCCUUUGAAUAUGAACCCCCCACCAUAUAUAUUUGUAUUUCUUUGUUGGUGACCAAUCAUAUUAUGGAGAGUAGCUCAAACGUUUGCCUAUGUAGCUCAGUCUUUAGAGGUUAUUUUUUCUUUAUCUUUCAUCAUAUCAGCGACUUUAUACUUUUUCUUUGUUAUAAAAUAUGGUUAAAUUAUAGUCAAAAUAUGGAUACUGAAAACAGGUAAGAAGAUGUUCCAUUCUGCCAGUGCUGCUGGGGUCUGUAGGUUUAACACAUUCAUGUGAGUCCCUAUUUUGUACAUCAUCAGUACUGGUAUACAACAUCAUAUGGACACUUACAAUUGUAAAUCUCCAGUAUUCCAAAUAACUUAAAACUGUUUUAUCAAAAUACCAUAAUAUUGGCUAUAUGCAGUAAGGUGUGUUGAAUAUUUACUGAAGGCAAAGGAAGUAAGAUUAUGUUCCAGUGUGAUACAACUAGAUCUUGAUCUGGUUGUAAACUGCAGGUGAUUUCAUGUUCGUGUGAUAUCACUGUUGUUAAUGCUCAUGCCCACAUUCCUAUCAUGGAUUCCAUAUCCGAGAAUGUUAAAUAAAGUUGUGGUUUAUAAUCUCUGGAAAAUACAUAAACUCCUCAAUUAUGAUAUUCAUCUUCAGGCAACAGAGGUAUCCAUGUUUGUGCAAAUAUGUUCCAAGUUCUGGGGUAACACAAGUAGUGAGCAUCUAUUGGCGUGUACCUUGUUGGAUUCAACCUGUUGGUAGGAUGUAAACUGGGCACAACAAGGUGUACGUUUUCAUUCUCAGGAAUAAACACUUGGGUUAGGAUACCUUUACAGGGACACUGCCCCAAACCAAAAGCUAGCAAAUCAGAUACAGAUACGAACACCUCAUAAUUUUAAAUUGAGUGGUUUUAAUCAAACAUAUUUCAGGCACAAUAUGCCAUCUUCAAAUGACAUUUGUUUCAAGUAUUCAUGGGAUUAUUAUCCUUGAAACAAGAGCCAGUCCAUGCCAAAAACUUGUGAAUCUAAUUGCCUCAACUUGUCUUUUUCAUUUUCGGUAGAUUUUGGUGAUGAUAAAUGGACUAUUAUUAUCUGAUGUCACUGGACAGAAACAUUUUGAUACUUAUCAUCUGACAAGUAGCUGAUGUGCAGACUUCCAUGUGUAACUCACCGACUCUCCUGAUGCACAGUUGGAGCCAGCAGCCAGUAUAUGUACAUAUGUAAAUACAAGCAUCUGUACCAUUGCCUGUUAGUGGACACAGCUAGGUCCAUGAGUGCAUGUUCCACUGUUGUCCAUAGAGCUGUGUUCAUAUUGUGGCUCAUUCUGACGGACCCCUCUCAUGAUAAUCAUACAACACUCAUUCCUGUUUAGUGAGACCCUUCUGUACUUCAAUACUGUCCAACUUCAUACUGGUGUAUGCAGAUUGCUGUCUUGUUGGAUCACGUGGGUUAGUUGAUGAUGGUACACAGAUCCUACAAGUUUAUCAUCUGCUUCAACAUGAUCCCCUGUCUCAGUACUGCAGCCUGUGUGUUGUGUUAUUGAGAAGUGAGGGACUCUUCAGAUUCCUGAAAAGGUAUCUAUUCUCAAAGGAAAAAGUAUGUCCUUACGUUAUUAGUUGUCAUGCUGUAUUGACGUUGAAGCACCAAACACACAACUACCAUCUAUUUCUUUGAAAUAUAAUUUGUACUGGUGCUUGAUAAUGUUGAAGAUGGACUGAUAGACUUUCUACAGAUUUGUGCGUUUGUGAAAGUAAACUUAAGACAAUUUCAGAUUUUUAGACUAAACUUCUGCUGUCUGUAUUCUCUCAAGGUGUAUUGUGUUAUCUGGUUAUUUUCAUUCUCUGUUAACAUUGGUAAAAGCUGAGUAGUUUGAACGGGAGCCUCGUACUUACUAAAACAGCAUCAGGCGAGCCAGGUCUGUCCAUAAACAUACUGGAAGCUUGUUUACAGCUAGAAUAUUUACCAGUUUAUAAGGACAUAUAGUUCAUAUCAUUGAUAUUGUUAUCAAUUUUUUUGGCAAUCAAUAAGCUGAUGUGAUCGUUUGCUUUUGCUGUGGAGUUUGGUUUUGAAGUUCCUUCAUUUCUUGAACAUUACUUGGUCUUCAGCAACCCCUGCUUGUCGUAAGAGGCGACUAAUGGGAUCGGGUGGUCAGGCUCGCUGACUUGGUUGAUAAAUGUUAUUGUAUCCCAAUUGCAUGGAUUGAUGCUCAUGAUGUCAAUCACUGGAUUGUCUGGUCCAGACUCAAUUAUUUACAGAUCGCCGUAAUAUAGCUGGAAUACUGCUGAGUGCAGCGUUGAACAACAAACAAACAAAUCUUGAACAUAACUUGUCCAAGUUGCAGGACAACUUCUGACAAGCAACUUGCUACAUUCAGUAUCAAGCUCUAGGUCAUGUGCAAUAAGUCUUAGGCCACAGAAAAAAAUUCUUGUUUUCUCAUCACUUUAAGAAGAAAAUGUGCAAAAAGGAUGAUUUUGAUUCACAAUGAAUCUAAGGUAAAUUCACAUUUGUAUCAAAAACAUUUUUUUACAACUACAAUCUAUGCCAUUCUUGAUGUCACUUAGGUUAACCAUACCCCACUCAAUUGUAUUUCAUGUUGUAUUCCUCCAGCACUUUUUAGAAAGAGUAGUUUUCUUCUUGGUCUCCAAAGUACAUUUUUGUCAUAGAGCUAUACCAUGUCCAUCUUUGAUUUAGGAAUGUUCAGGGGGCAAUUAGGCCCAUAGGUCUGUUUUGCUUGAUAUGCACCAAAUAUUUCUGGAACUGGAAAACAAAUUCCAAUUUUUGCGUACUGUUUUAUCAGAUGAAAAACCUUAAUUUGAAAAGGUUCACACGGCUUUACUCAAUCUGAUUUAUGUGUAUGUUUUUACCAUAUACGUUUACAAGAGAGUUAAGCACCUCUUUAAGUAUGGAUAUCAAAAACUGCCUGAAUCCUCCAGAUGCUGAAAAGAAUCAAACAACUCCUGUGAUCAUGUUAAAAAAAAAAAUCAUAACUGCUUCCUCUAUUCUUAUGAGAUAUAUUUCAUUUUGUGUAUUACUGAUGUUCAAGGCAUGGUUUGUGCAAGUUAAGUGUCAUGGUCACAUUUUUCUCUUUAUGCAGAAAUGACUGUUUUGUUGAUAUCAGUCAUUAUCUCGUAUCAAAAAGCAAUAUUGUUAUUGUGCAGCUAGUGAGUCAGGUGUGUCUGCUUCAAUUUGCCAUGUGUCUGGAGUGUGUAUUACCAGUGUCAAAUAUGCAAGGACAUUGUUGUGACAGCAGUGUUGAUGUAUCAGAUCAAUUUCUCAGUUUUGUAGCUCUUAUUUUUAAUUUCAUUUUUUGGCCUUUAAUUUACUGAAUUUUUUAGAUUGGGAACGUUAAAGAAAUAAAAGAAUUGUAAUGGUGAUGAACAGCUGUAAUAAUCUGUGUGAGUUUGUGAUUCACAAGUCAUAUUUAUGAUACUUUCUUUACCGAGUACUAAACAAGGCAUAAUUGUGAAAAGUUGCUGGUAAGAGGACAUUUAUAUUGUUUGUCAGAACCUCAUGAGGUGUUGGUUUGACUGAUAGUAUUUGUAAAAUGGGUGGUAUAGUUUUCUGUUCCAAUCUGCUGCCAUUCAGAACUGACUAAUUUUGGGCAGAUGGGCCUGAGACUUUCUUCAUGAUUAUAUCGUUUUGAUACAGUUUUGUUUUACCCAAAGUUUACAUUGUGGAAACAACGUUUUGAGACAAUUUCUUCCAAACCUUUAUUGAUUAUUAGCUGAAUGUAUGUAUGUUAAUUUUUUUUUGUUUUACAUUAGGGUUGAUAUUUUCGUAUUUAUUUUAACAUUUUUAUUUGAGGUAUUAAGAUAUUACAUAUUGAGCCUGCAGUUAUUGCCUAACAUAACAAAAUAAAAAAGAUAUUCUCUAUGGAUAACUUUUUAAUCAUAUCAUUCAUUUUAUGUUCAAAUAAUGUUUCUGUCAACAUUGUGUUUAUAUUUGCUUUGAUGAUUGUUCUAUUCUGUAAUUAGAUACCUUUGAGUAUCUGAGGUUCCUAACAAAAAAUGACCUCAAGCACAAUAAUUCUUAUCCUUCAUCCCUUACUGUGUAACAAUUUAAUGAAGAUAAAGCAUUUGUGGGUUUUUUAUGCUCAAGAGAGAUAAAUGUUGCUUUAAGAAUAUACCUUUCUACAACACUGACACAAAUCAGAAUUAAUGAGGGUGAAAUUAUAAUAUUUAUGCAAUAUGCAGCCUGUCAUCACAUUACAAAAGCAAUAAGAAAGGGAUAAUCAUGAGAUGUGACAGAACUGGGCCAGUGGGUGACAAAGCCUAUAAUCAUUGCUGCUGGACGAACAGCAACAUUGUAAUUACUUGUAUCCGUAUUGAUUAGCUAAUACUCAUCUGGAUGUAUUUAUUCAAGUCGACAUUCAAAACUCAUUGAUUGAGUCUGUAUAUUACCUCUCUGUGAUGUAGUCUAUAUAAAUUACACUGUAUGCUGCUAGUAACAUGCAAGUCAUGUCUCUGCCAAAAUACUAUGUUCAUUUUGCCUCUAUGGUCAUUUGUCUGUACAGUGCUGUGCAGUUAAAACUGCCAAAUGUUUGUAAAUAAACAUGUAUGUAUGUACUUAUGAUAAUAAUAACAAUAAUAAACUAAAUUUAAGGAAUUAUCA